AUGGAGUCUCUGACUUCAACUCUGGACGCAGCAAAGCUUCAACCUGGAAGUUCACACCUCCGCAAGCAAUUGCGCACACAGAAAACACUUGACUUUGAGGGAUCAGUGGUUCUGAUCACCGGUGCAGCUUCCGGCAAGUGCAUGGAGCUCAUAUGGGGGGUUUGGGAUAUGUUCUGGCUGACCCCAGAUCUCUCGAAAUCUAAGCUCGAGAACACCAAAGGUCUGCUACAGAACGACGGCCUUUAUCCUCAGAUGGAACUGUACGAAGGAGAUGUUUCCGAUGAGGCGUCAGUAAGAGGUAUGAUGGAGCAUUGUGUGGAGGUCUAUGGCAGAAUCGAUGUCGCGUGUAACAAUGCUGGAAUCAGUGGCAAUUCUCAAAGAACAACCGACAUUUCUGUACAAGAUUUCGAUCUCAUAUGCGCGGUGAAUGAACGGGGCGUCAUUCUCUGCGAGAAAUACGAGCUCGAGCAAAUGAUGCGACAGGACGUCUCAUUCGGUAACCAGCGCGGAGUCAUUGUUAAUACAGCGUCAAUCGCCGGUCACUGUAUCAUCCCCACGGCCUCGGCUUACACCGCUUCCAAGCAUGCCGUCGUUGCGUUAACGCGAUGCGACGCCUUGAGGCAUGCACAAGACGCCAUUCGAAUCAACUGCGUCUCGCCUGCUGCGACCUGGACACCAAUGAUAUCGGAGAGUGUACUGCCAAAGGAGUUUAUAGAGUUGGGAGCCAAAAUGGCGCCUAUGCAUCGAUACGCACAGCCUAUCGAGAUCGUCAACGCCAUACUUUUCCUGGCUGGUCCCAAGGCAACGGCAAUCACUGGUGUCAAUCUACCCGUAGACUGUGGUAACACACUUCUACGAUCCACGGGAUUUGCCAUUGCGCUGGCGUGCGCUAACCACGGCUGUGAGCAGAUCAUUCUUGCGGAUGGCUCGCCGGGGGAGUUGCAAAGCUUCCGUGACAAGGUGCUUGGGCAGUACCCUUCCGCCGAUGUUCAUGUCGAGGCAUUCGACCGGUCAAUCGAAGAUGACGUUGACCGUGUAUUUUCAGCAAUCCGAGAACGGUUCCUUCGUAUUGACUUUGCUGUCAAUGUGGUCUGUCAAACGCAGGCUAGAACUUGCCAGGAUCUCAAGCCCACAGCACUGGAUAUCACCCAGUACGAUCGGAACUUUGCUAUAUACCAGAGAGGACUGUUCCUUAUCGAACGGGCCCUGCUCCGGCAAAUGCUCAAACAAGACGUGCUAGACGCUACAGGCUGUCGAGGAAGCAUCGUCAACGUGGUGGACUAUGGGCCGAUACCGACCUUGUCAAAUUGCCCUAUCGUGGCAGCUAUCGCCAAUGCGAUAGUCGGAAUGUCUAAAACUGAUGCGUGUGACUUCGCGCAAGACAAUAUUCGGGUCAAUUGCGUCGCUGCCAGUGAGGUUAUGAUCACCAAAGCUGAGACCGAACUACCUGGUGGUGUUCCACUGCCGAGGAAAGGGAGAACGGACGAUGUUGCAAACGCUGUCAUGUGGCUUUUGUCAUCGGGAGCGAACUGGUUGACCGGGAUGGUCGUUCCUGUCGACGGAGGUCGCAGCUUGAACCAUUUCUGGUAG